UUCGUCAACAUGUUUCGGGCAGUUGCAAUACUGUGUGCGUUAGUGAUUGUUUUAGUGAUCUUUGAACAAGUGUCUUGUCACGGCCAUGGACGGCAUCAUCAUGGACGCCACGGACAUCAUCACCAUCAUCGUGGACCACCGCACCAUCGAUCGAUGUUGCUAAAUAUUGCCAUAUACGAUCCAAAAGGCAUCGAGCUGUCUACACCUAGGCUAAACAGUACAGCGCAAUACUUUGCAUUCGAUAUGUUUAUCAACAAUCCGAACGGUACUACUCCAGACGUAUCUCACAACACGUCGGAAGUGGUGUACGGCAAGUAUAUGGUGCGUGACACGGAAGCCAUUAUUAAGCCAGGUGAUCUUCUUAACAUAACGAGCUACAUGGGUUUUUCCGAUGGAGGGGUUCUGCAACUCACUACCAAGUUUUAUGUCUUUCGAUCUAUGAUAAAAAAUAACUGUACCUGUGAGAAUGUCACGACCACAAGGACACCUCCAAUCCAAUCGAUUCCUCCCUGGACGAGAACAACAACCGUCCCAACACCAUCACCGACACGAUAUACGUACACACGUCGACCAACAUCACCAGUAAUACGUACAACUACCCCAUCCACAACUACACCCAGCUGGAAUCUGGAGCUGGCCAACGGCGAAUUUUCCGAAGAGCUCGACUUUGACUGUGAAAUUGAUCCCACCACCAACCUUUGCUCCGACAAUUCCUUAAUAGAUGUUCGUGUCGCUAAUGACAGGGCCCGGCGACAGCCAGAAAAACUCAUCGCCGAGCCGGACCGUUCAACUGAUAUCCACAUGUUUAGAGACAUUGUCAACACGAUGAACAACGAAUGCAGAACUAAAGCACGCUCCAACUAUCUCAUAAUGGAACCGUACCCUAAACUACCGAACAAUUACAACGAUCCGUCCAUUGAGCUGACGCAGCAUGUACGUAGAUUUUUAACCGAUGUGCUGCAUCUAAAGCAGCUUGCGGACAGAAAUUUGGUAUCUGCCCGACCGAACGGAACCGUGAUCGUGUUCGAGAUGGAAACGCUGUUUGACAAGCUGCAGGUGCUUUAUCACGCAAAACAGAAGAGCGUAACGACUCUGCAGGAUUACGACACUGUUAAGGGUGAAAAAUGA